AUGGGCCACUGGGGCAGUCUCCGGCUAAAGCGAUGGGGUGGGUCCAAUAGAGUGUGGCAUCAUCAAAAUUGGUGCGCCUCUGGGCUUUGUCGCCAUCGUUCAAGUGUUGCCUUGUGGAAUGAGAAAAUUGAUUGUUGCACAUGGGAGGAAAUUAGUUGUGAUGUUUUUGGCAAUGUCAUCGUUUUAGAUCUGAGUUGUGGCAGCCUUCAAGGCACUAUAAGCUCCAAUAGCACUCUCUUCAAACUUCAUCAUCUCAAGGAUCUUCAACUUUUUGGUAAUGAUUUUAGAGGCUCCUUUAUUGUAUCAGAAUUUGGUAAGUUCAAGAAUAUGACUUUUCUUGAUCUAAGCGACUCCAACUUCAGUGGUCAAGUCCCUUUAGAAAUAUCUCAUCUUUCCAAAUUGGUUAUCCUAGGACUUGGUGGACCUAAGCUCGAUGGGUAUUUGAGGUAUAAAGUCAUGGUAGGAGAAAAUACCUUUAAAGCACUUUCUCAAAACUUGACCAGCUUGAAAGAUUUCUCUCUAAAUGGUAUUGAUUUGUCUUCUAUCCCACCAAUGCUCUCUUUCAAAAACUUCUCUUCUUUAACGGGUCUGGAUCUCAGGCAGUGUAAGCUGCAUGGGAAGCAACUAGAGAAUAUUUUCCUAUUGUCGAAACUCCAAUCUCUUUUUUUACGAGAGAAUGAAGCACCAAAUGGAUCUUUUCCAAGAUCUAAUUGGAGUAGUGCACUAGAGUAUUUAGAUAUCUAUAACAACACCUUCUUCAUUGACCUACCUCUUUUAUUGAAAAAUAUACCAAAAUCUUUGUCCAUUUUGUAUUUAAGUUUCAGUAACUUAGUUGGUCCACUUCCAGACAACAUUCAUUUUCUUGCUGGUAGUGCUCCAAACUUCAUUGGUUUGGAUUUAUCAAACAACUUACUCAACGGGACAAUACUGUCGUGGAUAUAUGCCAUACCGUAUUUGGAGGAUUUAUACCUUAGUCACAACCAAUUCACUGGGGAGAUAAUUGGUGGCUUUCAAAGUCCAAGCCUUCAACGUUUGGAUCUUUCAUCAAACAAGUUGAGUGGUACUUUGGAAUUGGAAAAGCUUUUAAAUUUCAAAAGUUUUAUUAGUUAUUGCAUUGGUGUUUGUGCAUUGCUGAGUUCUGUGUUGUAG